AUGAUUGUCAGCCGAUACGUGCUGCCAUUUCUUUUCGACCUACUCGACCGUUGCUGGAGGCGCUCGGGCAAGCUUCUCUACCGGCCGGACCAGAGGAGGUCAUGCUGCCCCCACUACACGAUCCGGCUUGAUUCAUACGAGUUCAAGCCUUCGAGGACGCAGCGUCAGACGGCCAACCGCUUCAACAAGUUUGUCAUCGGACAAGACUACGCUAGCGAGGCUGCGCGCCUCCAUCCCAGGACCAAGGAAGAGUCGAGGAAGCGCAAUAAUGACUUUGUCCUUUCCGAACGCAUCCACGAGGCCGAAUACUCGAAUCUAAAGACUCCUCCCGAGCCCGCCCAUAAACUAGUCAUUACGCUCGAGGAGGACAACUUUACCGAAGAAAAGUUCCAGGUCUACGACAACUACCAAGCUCGAGUCCACCAUGAGGCACCCGAGGAUAGGUCUCGGCGGUCCUUUAGUCGCUUCCUCUGUAGCUCCCCCCUGAGGCGCCAGACCAUGAUCGGACCGGAUGGCAAGCAGCGUCGUCUUGGCUCGUACCACCAGUGCUACCGCCUCGACGGUAAGCUAGCUGCCGUUGGAGUCCUCGACCUACUCCCCGAUUGUGUAAGCUCUGUCUACUUCUUCUACGACGAGAGCAUCCAUGCAUACAUGCCGGGAAAGCUCGGGGCUCUGCACGAGAUCUCGCUGGCGUACGAGGACGGCUACCGUUGGUGGUACCCAGGCUUCUACAUCCACAACUGCCCCAAGAUGAGGUACAAGAUUGACUAUGCCCCGCAGUACAUCCUGGACCCAGAGACCUUGCACUGGGACCCCUUGGACCAAGCUGUUCUCAACCUCCUGGAUGAAAAGCCCUUCGUCAGCCUAUACAUCGAGAGGCAUAAGACGCUGGCCAAUGAAGCAGCGGGAGGGCACCCCUCAACUAGCAAGACUGCCAAAUUGAACGGUUCGGGCGACGAGGUCUCGACGGAUGGACAGUCUGUACCCCCUGAUAGCAGCAACACUAAGGGAGACAACAAGGAAGACGAAGACGGCGACGACGACGACGAUCACUCGCUUUUCCGCUCCAAGAUGCCCGGGCUCCCUUCUAUGAGCUACAUGCAGAGCCUUGAUCUCAACCACAUUGCCCUGAAGAGAAUGAGGACCGGUCCGUUGUACGAGACUUCGAACCUCGUGGGCUGGGACUCGAGCUCCAUUAGCAAGUGGCCGAGUAUCAAGGCUGGUGUGGCUGAGUUGGUUGCUGCUCUGGGGACUGACUGUGUGGAUGUUCUGUGUCUUGACUUGACCCGUGGAGGAGACUGA